AUGACGCUAAUUGCGCCACAUUCCGACCAAAUUCCACCUACCAAUCCAAAACUUACAACAAAAUCAGUAUUAAUCAAAGAGAAUAAGAAAGACAUAGAAGAAAAUAUCAACCAUGAAGAUCAUGAUAAUGAUGAUGAUGACGAUGAUGAUGAUGAUGAUGAUGAAGAAGAAAAUGAAAAUAGAAAAUGUGAUGAAACAGUACUGGAUGGUUAUCCGGUUGAUCUUGAAUUUCAUCAUGCCGUACAUCAACGAACUGAAACUUUUCGAGCAUUUUCUCGACGUUAG